AUGUCUAACCUUCCCUCCGAGCCCGAGUUCGAGCAGGCCUACAAAGAGCUUGCCUCGACCCUCGAGAACAGCACACUCUUCGAGAAGCACCCAGAAUACAAGAAAGCACUCCAAGUCGCAGCCAUCCCAGAGCGCAUAAUCCAGUUCCGAGUCACAUGGGAGAACGACAAGGGCGAGGUACAAGCCAACCGCGGUUUCCGUGUGCAGUACAACUCUGCUCUCGGUCCAUACAAGGGCGGUCUUCGAUUCCACCCAACAGUCAACCUUAGCAUUCUGAAGUUCUUGGGCUUUGAGCAGGUGUUCAAGAAUGCUCUUACUGGCUUGUCAAUGGGUGGUGGCAAAGGUGGCGCCGACUUUGACCCCAAGGGCAAGUCCGACAACGAGAUCAGGAAGUUCUGCGUAUCCUUCAUGCGUGAGCUAAAUAAGCACAUUGGAGCUGACACUGAUGUGCCGGCUGGUGACAUUGGUGUCUCGCCACGAGAAAUUGGUUGGAUGUUCGGUGCUUACCGAGCCGAGAAGAAUAAGUGGGAGGGUGUCCUUACAGGCAAGGGCGGCAACUGGGGUGGUAGCUUGAUCAGGCCCGAGGCUACCGGCUACGGUCUUGUAUACUACGUCCAACACAUGAUCCAAUACGCUAGCGGUGGCAAGGAGUCGUUCCAAGGUAAGCGAGUCGCGAUCUCCGGAUCCGGAAACGUAGCACAAUACGCCGCCCUCAAAGUCAUCGAGCUAGGCGGCACCGUCAUCUCCCUCUCCGACAGCAAGGGUGCUUUGAUCGCCACAGACGAGAAGGGCAUCACACCCGACCUUGUCAACUUCGUCGCCGAUCUCAAAGUCAAGCGCAAGCAGCUUUCCGAGCUGGCAGAGAGCUCAGAGUACAAACAGAAAUUCAAGUACAUCGAGGGCGAGAGGCCGUGGGUGCACGUCGAGAAGGUUGAUGUUGCUCUUCCAUCCGCGACGCAGAAUGAGGUUAGUGGUGACGAGGGCAAGAAGUUGAUCGAGCUGGGCUGCAAGUUCAUUGCCGAGGGCUCGAAUAUGGGUUGCACACAGGAGGCUAUCGAUGAGUUUGAGAAGGUGAGGAAGGAGAAGAAGGGCGAGGCGAUCUGGUAUGCUCCCGGCAAGGCUGCGAACGCUGGUGGUGUUGCCGUGUCGGGUCUCGAGAUGGCACAGAAUAGUCAGAGGCUGAAGUGGACUUCUGAGGAGGUUGACGACAAGCUGAAGGGCAUCAUGAAGCAGUGCUUUGAGAACUGCUUGUCGACUGCCAAAGAGUACGUGCCGACGUCCGAUGGGGAGUUCCCAUCGCUGGUUGCAGGUGGAAACAUUGCUGGGUUCAGCAAAGUCGCUGCGGCCAUGAAGGACCAGGGCGAUUGGUGGUGA